UGUAAUCCUUCCUUUCACCCUUAUAGUCCACUCAGACCUCAACAUUUCCCGGUAAAUUUCUUCGUAAUCCUCUCAUAUUCCAAAUUACAGUCAAAAACUAGCCUUUAAAGGCUAAUUUAGGCCAAAUUCUCCAUCCUGUUUUAUGGGGCUUUAAAUGGGCUUUGGAGGAGCCGUAGAGGGGUUUUGGGGGAUUUUGAGGAGGAGGGGAAUAAGGGGGAAUAGGGAGGAUAAGGAGGAGAAGGGGUACUGGGAGGGGGGAAGUGUUGUGUUAGGGGUCUUUGGGGCCUGGAUUGGGUGGUUAUGGGGGGUUUAGGAGCUGAAUGUUGUGAGAGGUUGUUGUAAAGGCGAAGGAUGAGUGAUAGGAGGUAGUUGAUAGUUUAAAGUUGGAUAGUGAGAGUAAUGACUUUUUUCAUACCUUAUUUAGUAUCUUUCAAGAAAUACCAGCUCUUGGAUAAAGAAAGGGAAGAUAAAUAUUUGUAUCAUAGUUUGUAUUCAUACCAUCUGAGUGAAGUAGGGCUAGCAAGUUUGGCGCAAGCUAUUGGAUUCAGGUGGUUCACUACUUUUUAUUCUUCAUCUGCGCUCUACAUAUCCUUCUCUUAAACUAUAUCCCUGAUUCAUCAACCCUAUGCCAUCAUCUUUGCCUAGCUGAAUAGCCAGGGCUCUUUAACUUCUUAAGUAUUGUUUUUAUUUCCUUCAUACAAGCUAAGGUUGCCUAUAUACUCUUUAGGCUUUAUUUUGUGCUGGUUAACCUAGACUUUUGAACAAACUAUGCUACUAAGCUCCUUAUUGUAAAAUCUUUAGUGGAGGCAGUACUUACUCUGUUGCAGAUAGCUUUACCUUAGCCUUAUCUUCUAAAAAUGUUCUCUUAAUUUUCUUGGCUAUCUUUGUACCACCUCCACCUGUAUUAUACCUUCUAUUCAACUAUACUCUCUCCUAACGGGGUUUUGGGGUUUUGGGGUUUUGG